AUGCUUAUGGGAACAGAUUUCAUCAAGGGCUAUAUUCCAAACACAGACGCCACCGUGGUGACGCGGGUGCUCGAGGCUGGAGCAGAGGUUGUUGGCAAAGCUGUUUGCCCUGUGGAGAAUCCGUUCGCGAAAGGGUACAGUAGUGGGGGAAGCUCGAGUGGGAGUGGUGUUCUUGUGGCGCUUGGCGAAGUAGACAUGUCGAUCGGUGCAGAUCAAGGUGGGAGCGUCAGGAUUCCCGCCUGCAACUGCGGGGUUGUUGGUCUCAAGCCUACGUUUGGCUUGAUCCCUUAUACCGGAUGCGCCGGAAAUGAGCCAACGAAUGAUCAUCUAGGCGUAAUUACGAGGUCUGUUGGAGAGAACGCGCUCCUGCUCCAAGGUAUUGCCGGUGCAGACAACGUAGAUGACCGUGGCUUCGCUGCUCCAGCACCGGAACGCGUUCCAAAGUAUUCGGCCACACUCUCCAGUUACGAAGCGCCUAAGGAUCUCACUGGUAUAAAGGUCGGCAUCAUAGCCGAAUCUUUGACUGGCGCUGUCUUGGACCCACGUGUGAAGUCCACCUUCCUCAAGGCUGCCGAAUGUUUCAGACAGCUGGGUGCGACUGUCUCGGAAGUGUCUAUUCCGUUGCACAAGAAAGGACCGGCGAUCUGGACUGGCAUUAGCAAAGUUGGCGGUUUCCUCGGCAAGAGCACCGGGCCUUUCGGCCGCCGGGGCUACCAGAUGGUGGACUUGCACAGCAUGAUGUGGCCCUUACAGCAGCAGAACUGGGACAAUGCGUACGUCUCAUUGAAGAACAACUACUUGAAUGGCGCCUACGCCACAAAGAUGUUCCCCCAUCUGCUUGGUAAGGCGACCAACCUGUCUCGCAUGCUUCGUGAUGCGUACGACGCCGCGCUGAGCGAGUAUGAUGUUCUCAUUACCCCGACACUGCCGUACAUUGCAACCAGUCACUGCGCUCCUGAUGCUGGCCCGCUCGACCAGAUUGCAAAGCAGGUCGGGCUGACAAGCAAUACUUGUCAGUUCAACCAAACCGGCCACCCGGCACUGACGAUGCCGAUCGGUAUGCUGGAAAUUCAGGAAGGCCAUCUGAAAGGGACUGGAACAAAAUUGCCGGUCGGCCUGCAGAUUGUGGGGAAGUGGUGGGCGGAGGAAACAGUUUACCGAGUUGCUUACGCAUGGGAAUUGGCGAAUCCGAAUUGGAAGGAUUAA